AUGCCUCCCGUUUCCCGUCAGCGUAAACCUCUGUCCUAUGAAGACCCGUCGCUUUCAGAUGAAGAUGUCGGCCUCCUCUUCCAAGUUAUAACCCGCGCAGAGCGGAGUCCAGAGGUUGAGCGUCUUCCCUUCAGAGUAUUAUUCCAAGCGUACGACGAGGUCAUUUCAGAACAUGGCGUGGACGCGGAUCCAGGCUAUGCCUGCAUGCGAUUCUUGCUUAAAAUGGGAAAAAAGAACAUAACAGGCGACAGCCUCUUUGAAAAGUUUGAGAAUCUGCUUGAGCAGAUGGGGAUAGUUAUAGAGUUUGGUGGUGAUAAUGAUGACGAUAAUGAAGAUAACGAGACUUAUGAACAAAGUGCACUCGUGCCUGAUGGCCGACUUCGAGCGAGGGUCGACCGUGAGAAUACACCGGGGGAGGAUACUACGCAGAUAACUAGACGAAGGAGGGCGUCGUUUAAUUCAAUGUAUGAUGUUGGCGAUGACCCUACUCAACGGAGUAUUUGGAACCGGCCAAGUUCACGCUCUUCUCUAUCUCGUCUACCAACUGGGAAGCCUGAAUUCAUUGACUCUAGGCUGUCGCCGCCAAAGGGGACGACAACCACGAAAAAUCCCAGCUCGCCAGAUAGAACACAACUAAUCGCACAAUUCAUAGAUGUGGGGCGCCGUCUGAUGAGCAGAAUGGAUCUUUUGGAUCCAGCAAAGGAUAAAAAGCCGAUCUCCAAUGGCGUUCAUGCGAGAUCUGCAGUUAAUGAAGACCGUUCAAAGCGGAUGGCAGAAGCCUCGCGGUCACGCCACCGACAUUCGGUAAGCUCAGAGGGCUCAGAUGAAAAUGCGGAAGAGUUGUCUGCGUCCUCCCAGGGAGACAAAAGCGAAACCUUUGGUAAAUCAGAGGUUCCGCUUGAAAUGCUAUAUAGGCCGUCGCUCUCAGAUUUGUUGCGGGAUGCGUCAACAUUUAACAUGUAUCGCCAGCGAGCCAUUAAUCGGCGCAUUCUUACACAAUGGCUGAAAAAAGCUAUCCAGACGCGGCAAAGCCAUCAAAACAUGGAAGUCGUCGCUGUGAACCGUGACCGACUUACUCUUGUUCGUCAGGCUUUUGAGACAUGGCUUACCAUCAUCCAAGAAAAACGACAAGCAGCGCAGACGGAAAGAUUCUUCAAACAUCUGGAAGAGCGUGCUGCGAGAGCUCGAGAUCUCUACCUCAUGACCAAGGCCUUCACGCAUUGGGCACAAGUUGCCUCGGAUGAAGUUGCGAGGACAUCUGCUGCACGGCGACACGUCCUUGGUGUCAAAUACUUCAAUGCUUGGCGUGAGAUAACUGCAGUCAAUGAACUUAAAGCCCAGAGAUUCGCAUUACGGAGGCCUUUCAUUACUUGGAGAAAGAAACUUCACCAAGUGAAAGGGCUAGAGAAGAGGGCAGUAGCAACGCACGACCAGAGAUCGACGCACACUUUCUAUUGGCAAUGGUUCUGGUGCUUCUGCGAACGGCGCGCUCCACAGUGGUAUGAUUAUUGCCUAAAGAGGCGAUCACUACUGUACUGGCUACGGAACUUUCGUAAUAACAGAGAGCGUACCCUUGAGAUCGAUACCCGGAAUAAGCAUAAUACUCUUAAUUUGGCUUGGCAGGCGUGGACUAAACGAUCGAAGGCUGUCGCCAUCACCGAGCAGGAAGCGGCAUCCAGACAGCGCCUGCAGCUUCUGGGGGAAAGUUUCGGGGAAUGGAAGAUCCAAUCACGGUUGGCACCGGCUGCUUCUCGUACCGCCAAGAUGGUUGACAAACGCAUCGUCCAAAUGGCAUUUGGACACUGGGUGAAGAAGGUUCAGAUGGCUAAGCAAGCAAGAGAGUUCGAUACACGGCGGGUCGUGCGCAAUUCCUGGACUACAUGGAAUGACUUGCUUCGGUGCCAGGCCCUUAGCGUACGGAUCGAAGAACGCUUGAAGAUGGAGGCCAUGUAUAAGUGGAUUCUGGCUGAGAGAUAUCGUCUAAUGCAACGGAUUCUUGACCAAAGAAUCACUCGCGAUGUAUUUUCCACAUUUGUGACGAACGUGCGCCGGACUUACUCUCAGCUACUCCACAACGCAGGCAUACAUGAAGACCACCGAAACGAAGAACUCCUUCGAUCUAAGCUUACCCGGUGGCGAGGUCAGCUUGCCCUCCAACAUCAGCGAGACGUUGUCGCCUUUGAAUUCUAUGCACCGCGGCUUGCACAGGAGUCGCUUGUGGCAUGGCGCUCGAAGCUUGAUCAUGUAGCGAAACUAGAUGGAUGGGCGUGUGAUGCACAGUUUUACUUUGCAACUACCAAGGCGAUUAAACGAUGGCAUACAGCAACGGUGCAAUCUGCCAAGCAACGCCGUCAGAACGCCUACGCGCAAACCCGAAGAAAAAUCAAGAUCAACCUCGCUUCAAGGGCACUGGGAUCCUGGCAUACAAAAUGGCAACAUGUCGCCGACAUGGAGCAGCAAUCUCUACAAUUCAGCCGAAGAAAAACUUUAAACCUUGCGUCGGGGUUCUUUGCUCAAUGGCAUGAAAGCACCGAGAAAAAAGUCCAGGAUUGCAACAAUGCCGAUACCUACUAUUUUCGUCGUGUUACCUACAACCAAUUGAUCCGGCUCGCCGAGGUCCUGAUAGAAUGGCUUAGGUUAAGAGAACAGGCAGAGAACAUGUAUCGUGACCAUAUUCUGAGUCAAGCAAAUGUCCAACUCCGGAAGCUUAGCCUACGCGUUUUCCAGAUCAAGAGUACUUUCGAGACUGCGGGCGCUAUGCGGGAACGAAGUUUACGACGACAUUCCAGAAGCAUGUUCCGUCAUUGGCUUGAAAAGACGAGAGACAACAUCGAAGCUCGGGACUCCCCUGGACCUUUAAUGAGUCCUGCGAAGACUUUUGACGGGGCUAGCCGUCCGGGUCAAGCAUUAUUCGAUCCUUGGUACCAAACCGGAACUCCAUUUAGGCUCGGUGACUUUGACUCGCAAGCUCCUUCCUCGUUGGCUACCCCCAGCUAUAUGACCUCACCAUCUAAACGGGCUGCGCGCGCAAGAGUAUUGGCCCAGGUCUCCACAACCCCGGCAACUCCAUUGCAGACACCCUUUGCCAGUCGACUAUUACGUGCCCGGACAGAGUCUACUGCUCCUAAGACUGCGCCCAGUGCACGGCCUCGUACUGAUCUGGGCAACUCACUAGGCACAACAAGCGUUCGCUUCGUUGAUGAGGAACCGGAAUCCCCCACGGAUGCGCAGCAGCGUCCGACGUCAGCCAACAUCACCUCUAUGCGAGCGGUUCUGCCGGGGAGACCCCCAAGGAAGCUCCAGUCUUUCAGCGCGGCGCUGUGGGAUGGUCUUCGCGUCGUUGUGUAUAUUUCCGGCCGUGCGCUGGUCAUCCUCGGCGGCCCGCGCAACCUCCUUCAGACGAUUUACGUUGACGAUGCUGAUGCCUUGGAAGCGGUGACGAUAGACGAAGCUUCCGGCAAGAUAGCAGUAUGCGGUGGCCCAGAUGUCUUCGUGUAUGAGCCGUAUGGAAUCCAACGCGAAACGCUAAAGUGGUCUCUUGCUCAUACCUUCCGCUGCGAUGAUGACGACGAGCUGAUCCGCACACUAUCGUGGGGCUCGUCUGACGAGCUUCUCCUGGAAGCUAGCUGCCCCCGUCAAGUUUGCACAGUUCUCCCCCCCGACGCGACUCUUGUGGUGACUACGGGUCAAUACGACCGUGUAGUUAAGGUGUGGCGGCGGCUCUCGUUUGGUGCCGACGAUGUGCGCUUUGAGGUAUCCUAUCUUCCCCAUCCAGCGGUAGUUACGGGCAUGCAUUGGCGCAGACCAUUCCAUCCGGAACAGUUCAUGAACAGUGCUUUCUACACUUGGUGCGCGGACAACAAGAUCAGGGUAUGGGCGACGAGGGACCACCAUGCUCCAUCUGCGUUGCAAUUCUGGACACAUAUUGAUAUGGGUACCUCUGUUCAACCGCGGCAUGCGACAAAUGAGAAUUCAAUGACUCGUCGAUAUGCAUUCAUUGUCGACGGUCGAGAUUUCUGCGCUGCGACCGAACGGGCAGUGCAGCGAAACACGGGGAACAGUGGGAACCACGCUUUGGAGCAUAUUAUAGAAGUCGCGAACAAAAACCCGGAGAUUUGUGUCGUGUUAGAUGGGGAGGGUCAUAUGUCUGCGUGGGCGCUGGAAGAUGUCGGGUCCAAAAUCAAGUCGGAAUUGAAAGUCUUCAACAUCCUUCAUGUAGAAGGCUUGGAUUUCUCGUUCAUGCGUGGAAUCUCUGCGAAAGAGGACUAUGCGCAAAUGUGUGCCUUUCAGAGUACACAUUCAAGCGACUCAAUAUCUAUCCUUGUCCACCAUUUUGACGGCCGGAUUGAAUGGUUCGAUUCACAGGUAGAUGCUUUGUUUGACCCGGCUCCGCGCAAAAACCGGGUUAGCUUGAGAGGGUCUUGGACCGGACAUAAUGGCCCUGUUAAGAAAAUUGUCCGCAACGCAAUUGGAGACAUUCUUGUUUCCCGAACCGAUGACAACAAAGCAUUGAUCUGGAAGCAGAAACGGAGAGAAAGCGGUUCAACUCUGGUCCGCAAGAGUUCGCUGUUCUCAGAUGGACAUAUCUAUCGCACUUGUAUAAUCGAAGGAGGAGAUUUUCUGGUCAAUCUCCACCAUAAAGGAAUCUCUGUCUGGGACAUUCGCUCCUUCCAUGCGCAGCAGCUGGCAUCGUCGACAUUCGAUUUCUCAAGCAAACCGCUCUGCGUCCUGCCGAUUCCUACUUCGGAGAGGGAUCAUGAUGUCGUAUAUAUAGCCGUCAUUGGCGCUGACAUGAAGGGGAUUGCUUGGGAGCUUCGAUUGCCCACCUCAAGGCAGCAAGUGAAUGGUGGGACACAUGAUCCUGAUUAUGUCUUGAAAAGACUCUGCACUUUUGACUUAGGACUUAAGGGAAAUUUGUCUUACGUGUUACCCGUUGAUCCAGCGGGCCCGAAAGCCGAAAGGUCCGGAUUCUUUGACCUGUUUUCACCAGAUAUAGCGCUCUCCUAUACCAGCACCGGCGUUCUCCACACAUGGACUGCCAAGGUUGAUAGGGAAAAGAAUCGAGUUGACUGGCUCCUCACAUCGACCGUUGAAACGGGUAUUGCAAACCCUUCUCUUGCCAGUGGGAACUCCAUCAGGAAAGCAGCCCUUGUAGAUGAGGACCGUACUCGUUUGACAAUCUGGGAUACCAAUGGUGCUCAGUUGGAGUUUGAGGAGCAUUUUUCCCAGCAAGAAGUCGUUCGUGAUCUUGACUGGACGUCUACGCCCGAUAGGCAAUCCGUUCUUGCUGUUGGAUUCCCUCACAAAGUCUUACUACUCUCACAACUUCGCUAUGACUACCUUGAUGCCCAGCCGUCCUGGGCACAGAUAAGAGAGAUUUGGAUCCGGGACCUCACUCCCCAUCCCAUUGGGGAUUCCUGCUGGCUCAGCAAUGGCCACAUAGUAAUAGGGGCAGGAAAUCAACUUCUUGUGUACGAUAACGAGAUCGACGCCACCGAACGCGUAGUUUCGCAGCUCCGUAUUCCCUCUAGAGGUCAAACUUCCGUCGACUUCUUCGAGGUUGUGAGCCGGCUGAAUGGUACAUUGCCUGUGUUCCAUCCUCAAUUCCUGGCGCAGUGUAUUCUCAGCGGAAAGAGUAACCUGCUUUUGGAAAUGCGGCUGGAGGACUUCUACGAGGAACAUGAUACGCCACAGAAAGCGUCGUCCAAGGAGCUUCACUCGUAUGCGGACCUCUCUCUAGAUGAGGAAUUGUCGGUUAUGGACGAAAGCACCGCUGCGCUGCUCAACGAAAAUUUAGCCCGCUUCGCUUUGCCCCAGCUUACCAGCCAGGAACAGUUUCGUUUGGCAGAUACAGUAGAGUGUGUGGCCACAGUCGAAAAACACCGCCGUUCUAUGGACGACAAUGCGGCACGCUACUUGCUGUUUUUCCGACAGCAUAUGCUGCGAAGGACUCAGGGUGUUGCGAAUAAGGACACGGUUUCCUGGAGAGAAAUUGCUUGGGCAUUCUACAGCGGCAGUCAGGAUAUCCUUCUGGAUCUUGUCUCCCGACAGUUCGGUGGCAAGAUGCUCUGGAAAUCAGCCAAAGAAAGCGGCAUAUUCAUGUGGUUAUCAGACCCUGCAGCCAUCCGAGCCCAACUGGAAAUAGUGGCCCGAAACGAGUAUACAAAAACGGAAGAGAAAAACCCAAUCGACUGCUCAUUGUACUAUCUUGCAAUGAAAAAGAAGAACAUCCUACAAGGGCUGUGGCGAAUGGCUCAUUGGAAUCGAGAGCAAGCUGCCACUCAGCGAUUGCUAUCAAAUGAUUUCCAGGAUCCCCGAUGGAAAACAUCUGCUUUGAAAAAUGCAUAUGCUUUGCUCGGGAAACGAAGAUUCGAGUAUGCGGCGGCAUUUUUCCUUCUUGCAGAUCACCUGCGUGAUGCUGCUCAGGUCUGUAUGAACCAAGUGGGCGAUUUGCAGCUUGCCAUUGCGAUCACACGCGCCUACGAAGGUGACAAUGGGCCAGUCCUAAAGGAAAUUCUGGAAGAGCGAGUGCUUCCUGAAGCUGCCUCCGACGGAAACCGAUGGAUGGCUUCGUGGGCUUUCUGGAUGCUGGGGCGCCGUGAUAUGGCCGUGCGUUCACUUAUUUCACCGAUUGAGACUCUCAUUCCUUCCACGCCUUCCUCCCCAGGCAGUCCGGGAUCGAUCCCAUUGCAGGCCAAAUCGUAUCUAUCCAACGACCCUGCCCUUGUAGUCCUAUACAAAACACUUCGGGAGAAGACCCUACAGACGCUGAAAGGCGCAUCCAAGGUGUCCGCUCAGUCCGAAUGGAACUUUGUUCUGCGCAAUGCUCGCCUCUACGACCGGAUGGGAUGCGAUCUCCUGGCUAUCGACCUGAUACGCCACUGGGAGUUCCUGGGUGGGCCAUCUGCCCUACAAACCGUCAAGGAGGUCGCCCUUGAUCUACAGGACAACGGGGUUGAUUACCGGAAGAUGCUUCGCCGACGCAGCAGUCUGGUGGUAGCAGACAUGCCAAUCAAAACCAGAGUAGCCCAGGCUCCGGAAAGCCCUGCUGCAGCGCAGGAACUGAAACCACCACCGACCACAUUUAACGAACCUGAUGCCAACUCGUUGCUCGAUAGUUUUGGAUUCUAG